CUCACUCCAGAGGAGCGCGCAGCUUUUUGAGGGAGCCAGUGGUGGUGUGGGGGAAAAAAAUCCAGUCAGCGUUUUGUAGCACUUUCAGAUGAUUUAUUCUACCUCGUUAGAGAUAUUGGCAUAGCUGACAGCUGAUUUUCCGACAGUUUAAGGGAUGUUUUAGGGACACUUUGUAUCCAAGGGGCAAUUGGAGCGGCAAGUCUGAGCCUUUAUAAUGCGGAGAGAUCAAGUCUCAGUAGUUUGUCGGUAUGAACGCAGCGCAGACGGACCCUGAGUAACUGCUUUCAUGGAUUGACUGAUUGAUUGCUUGGCCUUUGAUUUUUGAUUUUUUUCAAUAACAAAGAUUUUUUUUUUUCUGUGUCGUGGUUAGUCUGUUAUUUUCCCACAAAACGUGGAUUAUUGUUGGGAGUCGAGGAUUUUUUUUGGAGGUGCGUCUUUACUGAGGAUAUUUUUAUUUUAUAUCUUUUUUUUUUUUUUACAGUUAGCCUACACCUUGGUCAAGGAUCCGGAAAGGGGAAUUAACCUUUCACAAGGUGGAAAUACUAGUCUUAUUGGACACCAACUCAUCUCCCUUGCCUCUAAGUCCAAUAUGAAGUCUCUCACUGUGUGGAUGUGGUUUUACAUCUUCUGUCUGCUCUUAGAUGAGGCAGCGAGCUCCUGGGAUGGUCCCUCAGCUUUGUCUGUGUCCUUGGCCAGUGGUUCUCCAGGUUCUCCAAGCCCCGGGUCUGGGCCAGGUGCUCAGCCAGAAUGGGUAGACUGCAUCCAGGCGAGCGACAUGUGCAACCAGGACCCUUACUGCAGCUCUCGGUACCGGGUAAUGCGCCAGUGCCUUGUGGGCAAGGAGAAAGAAGCCAUGCUGGACAACAACAGGGAGUGCCAGGCUGCCUUGGAAGUGCUGGUGGGUACUCGUCUGUAUGACUGCCGCUGCAAGAGGGGCAUGAAGAAGGAGCUGCAGUGUCUGCAGAACUACUGGACCAUCCACAUGGGGCUCAAUGAAGGUGGAGACAUGGAUGACUCUUCCCCAUAUGAACCGGUAGCACCAAACCGACACCCUGAUGCUUUCCGUUUGGCCUCCAUCUCUUCAGGGAUGCUCACAGUGGCCCCAAAAGGUUUCCACUGUCUUGAUGCUGAGAAAAACUGCAACCCCUGUCUUGAUGCGGCCAAAGCCUGCAACCUCAAUGGCAGCUGCAAGAGGCAACGCUCCGCCUACAUUGCUACCUGCAGCAAGGAGGACCCCAACAAGGGUGAAACCUGCAGCAAGAAGCGCUGCCACAAAGCACUGAGAUUGUUCCUGGACCGUGUGCCCCCAGAGUUCAGCCACCGGCUGCUCUUCUGCCCAUGCCAGACCGAAGGUUGUGCAGAACGACGCAGACAGACAAUCGUGCCAGAUUGCUCCUAUAAAGAUAAGGAGAAACCCAACUGUUUGGAGCUACGGAGGAUCUGCCGCCAGGACCCACUCUGCAGGUCAAGGCUGGCUGAUUACAAGGUGAACUGCUGGGUGACUCCACACGCAGUGAGCACCUGUCCCAACCAAGACAAUCACCAAGCCUGCUUGGCCUCCUACGCAAGGCUCAUCGGGACAGAAAUUACUCCCAACUAUGUCGACAGCAGCUUCUCCAACUGGACCAUCUCCCCGUGGUGCACCUGUAAGGGCAGUGGAAACCAAGAAGAGGAAUGUAUAAACUUCCUGCGGUACUUCUCCGAUAAUACAUGCCUAAGAAAUGCCAUUAAGGCCUUCGGUUAUGGGAUAGACAACAUGCAGAACAAAAAUGUGUCUGUCCCAGGGCCAUCAGCGACGACGAAGACGGGGUCAGACUGGUCAACAGGCACCUCAGAAGCUCCCUUUGUCACCAUCCCAAAGUAUCCUGAACCAAGAGACGGUGGCUUGGGCAAAACCCGGGGCCUGCCAGAGGAUCACUCUGCCUGUCUGUGUGCCAACGUCUGGGCUCUGCUUCCCAGCCUGAUUUUGGCUCUGGUCCUGGCCCAGCAUGCCUUAUAGAAGUGCCAGGAGGAGAAAAAAGAGGUCAUCCACCCACAAGCUGAUCCCAAAAGCAGAAGGUGUUAUUUCUGAGACUGAUAUUAAGAAGGCUGAAUCUCUGGGCAGUUGACAUAAAUGGCAUUUAUGAAAGAGGAAAAAAACAAAAAGAGGAAAAAGGUGGAAAAUACUGAAAUUUUGCAGUUGUGAUUUUGUUGUUUAUUUAAUGUAUUGUUUGGGGCGGACCGCAACUGUGAUGAAGCACAUGGCUCCUAAAACAGACCCUUGGUAGGAGAGGCCAUGAAGGCCAUUCUCUAGGAACAACUCUCCCUCUGACUGAGACACCUGGAGAACUGAAGCUGAUUAUGUCAAGGCUCCUGAACUUUUUUCGCCAAAGGAGAGAGAGAGGGAAUGAACAACAUAAUUAAAAGAAGACAGGGUUGACAGAAAAGAAAUUGAUGCAGAGAAAAUGAAUGAGCAAGAGGUAAAUGGGGUAGAGUGAAAGCGAAAAGAGAAAGCGAGAGAAAGAGACAUAUUUCUGCUAUAUCAGUCACACUUUUUUUUGUCUUGAAUUGGUUCUUGACUUAAGCUUCUCUUGGAUGAACAGACCACAAAUUUAGGGGCGGGGAAGGGGAAUGAUUACAUUCUGUCUCUUCAACACAAGUGUAAACUCUAAACUGUAAAGGCUACUCAGUGUUCUAAGUGUUGGUAUAGUAUCCGUGACCAUAAUCAAUCUACCGUACAGCUCUUUCAUUUGGGUGCUACAGUAAACUUUUUCAGCAGGCGGUGAAAAGAACUAAAGUCUGCGACAUUACCAGUUAAUGGUUCUUUGGUCAUUUGAGAUGUUGUUGUUGAUGGGUGUGCGCCAUACGUCCACCUGCACAUGUGUAUAUUUCUGUCUCUAUGUAUAUAAGCAACACUUUUAUUUCAUUCAACUGAAUUAUAUCUACAGUACCUUGAAUGGACAUUACUGUAUGCUAAGAUGGCUCUGUAUUGAGUAUUGGUACAAAUGGAAGGCCUUCAUUAUCUGCGUUUAUAUUUGUCUAUAAAGGUUUGAUCACAAAGAAUGUAUACAGAGAUGAGAUGAGAUGAGAUUAAAUGAGCUCAAACUGCUUGGAAAGCCAUAA